AUGCCUUCUUGCCCUCACUGUAAACGUGCCAGCAGCUGCCGGGAAGCCGUCAGGAUUUCGUGUCAGAGACCUCUGCUGAAAGUUUCUCUCGCCGCCUCACAGGCCAUAAAAAAAGUCCAAAGCUCAGGGAGUCCGAGAAGAACAAAUAGGUUGAUUAGAGAGCAGCAGCUGUCCAGUCUUCUCCACCAGCAGAGCUGCACCAGCGCUCCCUCAGACCAAAGGAGUAAGGACGCCAACAUGGAGAUGAAGAGAGUGGGGAUACUGAAGGUGGGUGACAGAAGCAGCACCCAGAGCAGCUCCAUUGGGGCCGUACGCUGGACCCUGCCCGAGGAGGACGUCCAGACUCACAGCUCGGCCCCCAGCCGACCGGCCAAAAACCUUCCCAAACACUCACAGAAAAAUCCUCGUCAGAAUGGCCUGCAGGAUCUACGCAGCCUGCAGGAGUGUGUGCAGUUCAUCCAUCACUGGAAGAAGCAAGUGGACCAAGUCUGCAAGCAGAGUAGCGGGAAUCCAGAGGAGGUCAGCAGUAAUCAAGAAGCCCAGAGUACAGACGGGCGUACUGAGCGCAGUCUCGAGGAAAGCAGGAAACUGAUCCUGGAGUGGGCUGACGAACUCCACCACGUUGACAAGCUCCUGAAGGAGAAGCCCUGGGCACCAGAGACUGAAGAAACUGAAGAAGAGGAUGCCGAUGAGGAGGCACAACAGAGGAUCAUGGUGUGGGCAAAGGAGCUGCAAAAGGCGACUGAGAGUUGUGGUGUGCAGAGCGACGAGCUGGGUAAAGUGUUGCGUCUGCUGGGCCUGAAGAAGAAACGGCUGGUGAACCUGCUGCCUCUGCUGGAGUUCAUCACCUGGUCUCUGCUCAAAGAAGACAGCAUGAAAAUGAUUCCACAAUUAUGGUUACUGGCAAAGCAAAGGACCUGGAAGGCAGGAAUUCCAAGAUACAUCCCCAACUCAGUCUGGAGUUGGAUUUGCAGCGCAGCAGCUGAUGUGAUUCUCGACCCCAUGACCAACCACCCCUGGCUGCUGCUGUCCGAGAACCAGCGUAUGGUGCAGGAGGGCCUCUCAGCAUCCGACCUGCCGCACAGCUCCCAGCGCUUCGACAGCUGGCCCUGUGUGCUGGGCUCGAAGGGCUACAGCAGCGGCCGCCACUACUGGGAGGUGGACAUAACCAACAAUGGCAACUGGCGCGUGGGACUGACCACCGCUGACUCCAAGCGCCACGGUCGGUUCCCCAUGACCCCAAAGCUGGGCUUCAUGACCCUGUGGCGCAGCACGAGCCAGUUCUACGCCUGCACCAAGCCGGAGACUCCACUGCCCAUCAGCCUCACACCUCGACGUAUGGGUAUCUACUUAGACUACGAAGAGGGACAGAUCUCCUUCUACAACGCAGAAACAAAGUCCCACAUUUACACCUUCACUGAAAACUUCAGAGGGAAGCUGUACCCUCUGUUCGCCCCGCUGGAUGGUCGCACACGCUUGGCCAUACAGGAUACACAUACUGAGGGCGAUGAGCCUUAAAAACUCUUUUUGGAAGAUUGGAAGAAUGCACUUUGACUUGAACAAAAAUGGCAUUGACCAAAAAACUACUGAAACUAAAUCUGCACGAAGAUUUCUAUUCAAACUGGUGUCAUCAGUUAGAUUUUAAAUUCAUUGGAAAGCACAAGCUCUGACUUUAUCAAAGUGCUGAUGACAUUGUUAAUAUACUGUAUGUAUGUGAUCAUAUCUCAGAUCACACCACUAUGUUGAAAAUCUGCUAUGAUAUAAGUGGAGAUUUUUUAUCAGAC